CUUCGUGCCUCUUCGCAACCUCCAUCAUCGCGGGAGCUGGCGACUCUCAAGUGCAAGGCCGCCUCAGCAUCAACGACGAGCUCAAGUGGAUGGUAAUGGUGGGCUUUGCUCGCGACGGACCGCAGUGCGCUGGCAGGUGGAGGGGGCGAGCCAGUUCACGUCACAUCACAGCCUCGUCCGCCAGCACCCUCUGCCUCGUCAGCGUCUGCAACGCCGGCACAAUGGCAGCUCCGUGCACGCAGCUCGGCCGCCGUCACACGCUGACCUCCGGAGCAGAAACACAUUUGAUUUGGGACGUAUUGCGCCCGAGGCAGAUGCCCCUGCCGGGCUCAGCGGUGUCCGUUGAGGCACGAGGGCGCUUGCGCGUAUGGCGCGCACGCCCCUUUGCGUGCGAGGAGCAUCGAGGGUUCGGUGGGAGAGCGGAAGCGGAUCGCCGUUGCGGCCGGCGAGAUUAGUUGGUAGAGAGGGAGAGAUUACCGAGACGUGCGAGAUGCCUCUACUUGUAGAUGCUUGGAGUCACUGCCGGGUUUGCUUUUGGAGACGAUGCGAUGCGCCAU